UGCAAAAUAUCACACCCCUCUUUCCCUUCCUCUCUCUUUCUCCUCUUCUCCACCUCCUCCAAUCACCUCUCCGCCGCCGCCCGCACAGCCCCCCAAAACCCCCAAUUAUCCCUUCCCAUAAAAUCAAAUUUUCAAAUUCACCCCUUUCCGCCAAAAACCCCUAAAAAUUCCGCCCUAAAAAUCCGAUCUUUUUCGCUAAUUGAACUUCAAAUUCCCGCUUCGGAAAUCCCCAAUUCGAAGCUGGUUGUCAAAUUCCGGCUUCGGAAAGCUUCAAUUCGGAGGCGGAAUCGUCGAUUGAUCGGGAAAAAUGGCGGAUUCGGACAACGACUCGGGCGGGCACAGCAACAGCAACGCGAGCAGCCGGGAGCAGGACCGGUUCCUGCCGAUCGCGAACGUGAGCAGGAUCAUGAAGAAGGCGCUGCCGGCGAACGCGAAGAUAUCCAAGGACGCGAAGGAGACGGUGCAGGAGUGCGUCUCGGAGUUCAUCAGCUUCGUCACCGGCGAGGCCUCCGACAAGUGCCAGAGGGAGAAGCGGAAGACGAUCAACGGCGACGACCUGCUCUGGGCCAUGACCACGCUCGGAUUCGAGGAGUAUGUGGAGCCGCUGAAGGUCUACUUGGCCAAGUAUAGGGAGAUGGAGGGGGAGAAGAGCUCCGUCGCCGGAGUUAAGGAGGGCUCUGGUGGCGCUGGCGGUGGUGGUGGAGGAGGGGCUGUGAGCUCUGGUGGGGGGUUUAAUGGUGGGGGGAUUUAUGGGGGGAAUGUGAUGGGGUUUCAUCCCGGAGGGGGGAUGUAUGGCGGCGGCGUCGGUGGUGGUGGAGGGGGAUUGGGGAAUAUGGGGGGAUAUGGCGGUGGCGGGGCCGGGAGGCCGAGGUAGAUUUGGUGGUGAUCAAGAAUGAAUUUGGUGACUGUUUUUUAACCUUUUUAAAGAUCUAUGGAUUUUGUGUUUGUUGUUUGGAAUGGAUUAGUAUAACUGUUUAGUGUAAUUUGGGGAUUUGAUGAUGUUGUUGUUGAUGAUGAUGAUGAAGAUGAAGCAUAGAGUGAUAGAGAAAUGAUGUAAACUUGACUUUGUAUUUUGUAAAAUUUAUAAAACAGAUUCAUGUUUGGGUUCAA